UCUCCCUCCUCCCUCCUCUCCCUCCUCCCCCGGCUGUGUGGCUGGCUGGCAGGUCCUGUCCUGUCAGCCCGACCAGGCAGAGGGAGGCAGACCCAGGCAGGUAGAAGAUGUCCUUGUGUGUGACAUCAGAGCAUGGGGGUGUUAGCGGAGCAGGAAUAGGAGGUACAGCCAGGAAGAAGCAGCAGUGUGGGCCUCCUCUACCCGACUGCUCUGGCUCCUCUGACUGCUGCUGCUGCUGCAGUCUCUUUCAGGCUACCUCCUCUUCCUCCACCUCCUUCACCACCUCCUCCUCCACCCAGGGCCGGACACGCAGCUUCUCCCUGCUCCCUCCUCCACUCAGCCACCACCACCCUGCCCCGCCCGUCGCCUCCUCCUUCAUCUCCAACACCUCCUCCUCACCUGGUACCCAGAGAAAGCCUCUCUACCCUGGGGUUGGAGGGGUCGUCACCAUCACCCAUCACAGAUCCCCUGCUGCGGCCCGCCGGGCCAGGACCCAGAACAACCAGAACUACCACCCUGCUCCAGGGAGGCUGAGCCAGGUCAAAGAGGUGAUGACCCAGGCAGAGGGCCAACAGAAGAACCUGGUUAACUCCAUAGAGUCCCUGCCCUCCCGUGGUCCUCUGUCCUCCUUAGACCAGGACCUUCUUCUCCUCAAGGCCACGUCAGCAGCUACCCUCUCCUGUCUGGGAGAGUGUCUCCACAUGCUGCAGCACAAUGUCAGCCAGGCCGCGCAGCAUGUCACCCUGGGUCGGUCAGACAGCCAGGACCGGAGUCAGAGUCCCAUCCACAAACAGACGUCCAGCCAGAGUAACAGCAACAUCUCCAGUCAGACUCACAACCACAACCACAACCAGUUCAAGAAGCAGAUGAGCCUGGAUCCCAACCAUGUUCCCACCGCACCAUCAGACAGCUUUGCAGGAUGGCCCAGAUCUCCCUCAGAGAAGCAGGUGACCAAUAGAGGAGGGACACCUCUUCCACAUGUUCCCUCUCCAGCCCACAUCAACAAGGAGCUGGUUAUCAACUGUGUGGUAAGAAACACACCUGCUCUCUGUGUUGGGAGAAAUACCACCUUGUACUGUAUUCUCUCACCUAGUGGGAGGGACCCUGGCCCGUCCUCCUUCAGGACCCUGGCCCGUCCCUCCUUCAGGACCCUGGCCCAUCCCUCCUUCAGGACCCUGGCCCGUCCCUCCUUCAGGACCCUGGCCCGUCCCUCCAUCAGGACCCUGACCCGUCCCUCCAUCAGGACCCUGGCCCGUCCCUCCUUCAGGACCCUGGCCCGUCCCUCCUUCAGGACCCUGGCCCGCCCCUCCUUCAGGACCCUGACCCGUUCCUCGAUCAGGACCCUGGCCCGUCCCUCCUUCAGGACCCUGGCCCGUCCCGCCUUCAGGACCCUGGCCCGUCCCUCCUUCAGGAGAGCGACAAGGAUGGGAAUCAGAAUGGGGAUUCGUGUUUCUGACUGUGUGCUACACUACGAGGAGACACCACCUUUCCACAUCCUUUCCUCCUUCUUCUCUCCUCCCUCCUUCCCUCUCUCCCAGUCUUCAGUUGUAACAGACCACUGGGACGCUAGUAAGGCAAUUCUGGUAUUCUGGGUGUUUCUUUCUCUUUCAGUCUCUCUCUCUCUCUAUCUCCCCUCUCUCUCUCUCUCUCUCUCUCUAUCUCCCCUCUCUCUCUCUCUGUCUCUCUCUCUCUCUCUCCCCUCUCUCUCUUUGUCUGGAUGGUGGAUAUGUGGAAAUUCGGCAAGACCCAGAGCAAGGGACCACCGGUUACAUGUCAACCCAGCAACCCCCAGCAGGCCCCCCCCCACCCCAGAGUCUAUAGAUCCCAGUGAAGAGAUGACAGACACAGAGGACAGUGAGGAAGAGGACCUGGGAGUCAGAGAGGACCAAAGGAACAUUAUCCUUCACCUGCUGUCACAGCUCAAACUGGGCAUGGACCUCACACGGGUGGUACUCCCUACCUUUAUCCUGGAGAAGCGUUCCCUCCUAGAGAUGUACGCUAACUUCAUGGCUCACCCAGACAUGUUCCUGGCCAUCACCACGGGAACCACCCCAGAGGAGCGCAUCGUCCGAUUCGUGGAAUACUACCUGACCGCCUUCCACGAGGGGCGCAAGGGUGCCGUGGCCAAGAAACCCUACAACCCCAUCCUGGGAGAGAGCUUCAGGUGUUCCUGGGACGUCCCCCGAGAGAGAGUCCACCCACUGAGGACCAUGAGCUCCGUCCCUAACACUAACACUACACCCACUUCAAACCCCGCCCCUAACCCCGCCUCUUCCUCUAGAGGCUCUUCCCCUAACCCCGCCUCUUCCUCUAGAGGCUCUUCCCCUAACCCCGCCUCUUCCUCUAGAGGCCCUUCCCCUAACCCCGCCUCUUCCUCUAGAGGCCCUUCCCCUAACCCCGCCUCUUCCUCUAGAGCCUCCCGCCGGACAGGGACGGAGAGCGGGGGUGCUCAGGCAGAGGACUGUUACCGGGUAAGGUUCGUGGCGGAGCAGGUGUCACACCACCCACCUGUCACUGGGUUCUACUGCGAGUGCAAAGAGAGGAACAUGUGCGUCAACACCCACGUCUGGACCCGGAGCAAGUUCAUGGGCAUGUCCAUCGGAGUAUCUAUGGUCGGGGAAGGUGUUCUACGUCUGUUGGAGCAUGAUGAGGAGUAUGUGUUCACUCUGCCCUGUGCCUACGCCCGCUCCAUCCUUACCGUACCUUGGGUGGAGCUGGGAGGGAAAGUCACCAUCAGUUGUGCCAAGAGUGGAUACUCUGCCACCGUUACCUUCCAUACUAAACCCUUCUAUGGAGGGAAGAUACACAGAGUGACAGCGGAGGUGAAGCACAACCCGACGGGGACCAUAGUGUGUAAGGCCCAAGGGGAAUGGAACGGUACCCUCGAGUUCACCUACAGCAGUGGGGAGACCAAGGUCAUCAACACCUCCAAGCUGCCUGUCAUCAGGAAGAAGAUACGCCCCAUGGACAAACAGGGACACUAUGAAUCACGGCGUCUGUGGCAGCAUGUUACCUCAGCUCUCAGGUCAGGAAACAUUGACUCUGCUACAGAGCACAAACACUGUCUGGAGGAGAGGCAGAGAGCAGAGGGCCGACAGAGAGCUGCCUCCAACACACCCUGGAAACCCAAGUACUUCAUCAAGGAGGGCGAGGGCUGGGUGUAUCACAACCCCUUGUGGAAGACCCACUGACGAGGGGAGGGGCCUCGGGGGGACGGGCAACAUACCAGCUACCAAUCACAGCACAGCGAGCAGCCCGCUGGUGGUCAUUGCAACACACGGGGACCAGCUAGCCAGGCCGCUAGAGAAUAGACCAAAUACACAAGGGGCUGUGUUCAAAAUGGAACCCUAUUCUCUAUAUAGUGGACAACUGCAGAAGGAGUGCACUAUAUAGGGAAUAGGGUGCUAUUUCAGAUUUGCCUUGUCUUGGAUGAGGAGCUUGUAUCUCAGUCAUUCAAUAAGAAUGAGAGGUGCCAAAGACUAUCAGAGGGACGGGAACUACAGUCAGACAGCAAGCUCACUGAGUUUCCUGUCAGAAGCUGACCUGCUCCAUACGAUCCAGGAAACUGGGCGGCCAUUUAGGACACGGACCAGGUCGAACCAGGAAGAGGUUGGGAGGGACAGAAGAUGAGCGUGAUCGUUGGUGGUCAAAGAGAGCUGAACAAUUCUGUAGCUUUUUGAUAUAGAGUAGAAUCCAAAUAGCAGAAGAAUAGAUAAUAUUCACAUGCUUCUUCCUUCUUCCUUCACUUUUCAUUUGUUUGCACAGGUACUGUAGCCUACUGUAGCUGUCUCCACUGUUAUUACCCAAUAGGCCACAGGAGGGGCUGUCCUUCCACUGUAUGAUGUAUGUAAGAUCCAAGGAUCUAUGAUUUGUUCAUAAUAACACACAACACCAUACACACUGAUUAGUGAAGAGUCUUCCUUCAGCCCUUCUGUUGUAUGCUGUCCAGUAUAUACGUAGCGGUAUGUGUUUGUCACACUUGACUUGGACACUGUUCAUAACACAAUAACCCAGUAUAGAGAACAGCGUUUUCUUCAGCCGUUCCAGCAGCCCACAAUGGAGAAUGUAAUCAGAGGUGAACACUGCUAUAAUGUGAAAGUCAAAGCCAUUUCUCCAGCCCACACCAGCACUCUCAGUAUUCACACACUAACGUUGUAGUGAUUGGAACCAGGAAGUAGCCCGGGGCUCCAGUCUGUUUGUCCUUUAUAUGGAUGAACCUUGAAGAGAUCUUUAUUCGGUCUAACCUUGAAGAGAUCUUUAUAUGGCUGAACCUUGAAGAGAUCUUUAUAUGGCCGAACCUUGAAGAGAUCUUUAAAUGGCUGAACCUUGAAGAGAUCUUUAUUUGGCCGAACCUUGAAGAGAUCUUUAUUCGGUCUAACCUUGAAAAGAUCUUUAUAUGGCUGAGCCUUGAAGAGAUCUUUAUUCGGUCUAACCUUGAAGAGAUCUUUAUAUGGCCGAACCUUGAAGAGAUCUUUAUAGGGUCUAAUUUAUGGCCUAACCUUGAAGAGAUCUUUAUAGGGCCUAAUUUAUGGUUUAACCUUGAAGUGAUCUUUAUAUGGCUGAACCUUGAAGAGAUCUUUAUUCGGUCUAACCUUGAAGAGAUCUUUAUAUGGCCGAACCUUGAAGAGAUCUUUAAAUGGCUGAACCUUGAAGAGAUCUUUAUUUGGCCGAACCUUGAAGAGAUCUUUAUUCGGUCUAACCUUGAAAAGAUCUUUAUAUGGCUGAGCCUUGAAGAGAUCUUUAUAUGGCUGAACCUUGAAGAGAUCUUUAUUCGGUCUAACCUUGAAGAGAUCUUUAUAUGGCCGAACCUUGAAGAGAUCUUUAUAGGGUCUAAUUUAUGGCCUAACCUUGAAGAGAUCUUUAUAGGGCCUAAUUUAUGGUUUAACCUUGAAGUGAUCUUUAUUCGUUCUAACCUUGAAGAGAUCUUUAUAUGGCCGAACCUUGAAGAUAUCUUUAUAUGGCUAAACCUUGAAGAGAUCUUUAUAUGGCAGAACCUUGAAGAGAUCUUUAUAUGGCUGAACCUUGAAGAGAUCUUUAUUCGGUCUAACCUUGAAGAGAUCUUUAUAUGGCUGAACCUUGAAGGGAUCUUUAUAUGGCUGAACCUUGAAGAGAUCUUUAUAUGGCUGAACCUUGAAGAGAUCUCUAUAGGGUCUAAUUUAUGGCCUAACCUUGAAGAGAUCUUUAUAGGGCCUAAUUUAUGGCCUGACCUUGAAGAAAUCUUUCUAGGGUCUAAUUUAUGGUCUAACCUUGAAGAGAUCUUUAUAUGGCUGAACCUUGAAGAGAUCUUUAUAUGGCUGAACCUUGAAGAGAUCUUUAUAGGGUCUAAUUUAUGGUCUAACCUUGAAGAGAUCUUUAUUGGGUCUAAUUUAUGGUCUAACCUUGAAGAGAUCUUUAUAUGGCUCAACCUUGAAGAGAUCUUUAUAUGGCUGAACCUUGAAGAGAUCUUUAUAGUGUCUAAUUUAUGGUCUAACCUUGAAGAGAUCUUUAUAGGGUGUAAUUUAUGGCCUGACCUUGAAGAGAUAGUGAAGGUCAGAGAGAAAGGUAGACUACCUCCACUAUACUACACUAUACGGCCUUCACCACAGUAGUACAGUGUACUGAAUGUGGCUUGGCUGCCUCCCAAAUAUUCCCCACACAGUACCCUUACUUUGGACCAGGCCCUGGUCAAAAGUAGUGCAUUACAUAGGGACUAGGGUGCCAUUUGGGAGGUACUGUACAAAAACAACCAUAUCCAGGAGGUAUAAAUCCAACUGUAUUCCGGAGGAAUAAAUCCAACCGUAUCCUGGAGGUACGAAUCCAACCAUAUCCAGGAGUAGAUAUAUUGAUCCUUGAUUUAUUUAAUCCACAUCUGAUAUUUCUUCUCCUGUUUUCAAGAUUCUGUGAUCCCAGGAUUAGAUUCAAUCCGGGCCGCGGAAGGACAGCGCUAUAACGUGAUGUAAAUUUAAAGGCAAUGUUUCCUGCGUUAGCGGAUACUGCGUUCACGGUAAACUCCAUAUGAAGUUAUCUUUCCAUUUCAAUCGGGCUAUAUUGUGGAUCUUCAGCGGCUCGUAUUAAAUCAAUCUAGCCCCAUAGUCUGUCAUGUCGCCAACCAUCUCUUUCUCUGUAGUGAUGAGCCUGGGGGUGGACGAGGUCAGAUCUUACAUAACAAACAGGAGAGGAGAGCUGCUCCAAUACUGGUCCUUUCCCUGACAUGUUUUGUCUUAAUUACAACAUGUAUUGUAGCAGCGAUGCUAACGACAUGUCUUCACCUAACAACACCAGGAGAGACUCAUCCAUCACGACGGCUGGUCCCUCUACUAACAAUCUGUCUCCUAUUUGUCAGUAGAAAUUACAACGUUCAUUGGUUAGGUAACUCAAGUCUGAAUAUAAUUCCUAAAUUCUCCUUCAACAGAAUCUUCAUGCAGUUUUUGUUGUGAUCAUAUAAUGGAGAUGACUGUGAAUGAAAUGAAGGAGGCAUUUUGUCCUGCCUCAUUUAAACUGACUGAGAAACACUGUCAUACACUUUGUAGACAAUAGAUGCUAACUGGGAUCCUUGGGAUGAACCUACCCAUUUAAGCAGCAUCAUAGGAUGCACGAUUUAUCAUACAGGGAUGAUUUCUGUCUCUUGAAAACUUGCUGACAAAUAAAACAUUUUGGGACUAUGUCAACAAUGGACUAAUGAAACAAAUACCAAAAGAUGGGUUUUGGGUGGCGAUUUUUCUUUAAUCGUUUUACAUUUGAACUUCAAUGAGGUGACGUCAGAGUUGGACGUCCCAAGGAUCCCACUUAGCAUGUACUCUUUGUAGACAGGAGCAUGGCAGUAAGAGCUAUAGAGGUCAUUUUAUCAGUAAUAUGGGUAUGUUGAGAAUCUAUGAACCUUUUCACACUAUCGUGCCAAGCAGAACCAACCUGCUGAAUUCACUUUCCUUUCACAUGGUUCUUUCCAGCAACUAUAGUAGAUGUGGAACCAGUCCAGUCCAGUUUGGCUGAGUGGUGUGAACAGCUCUUAACUCCUCUGUGGAACCAGUCCAGUCCAGUUUGGCUGAGUGGUGUGAACAGCUCUUAACUCCUCUGUGGAACCAGUUCAGUUUGGCUGAGUGGUGUGAACAGCUCUUAACUCCUCUGUCCUCUCAGUAUGAGAUCAGUCACUUUUUGAGUAUGAAUGUGAAGUGUAACACUGCGUACGUGAUCAGUCACUGAGCUUUGACCAAAACACUUUGGGUGUGUCCCAAAUGGCUCCCUAUUCCCCACAGGGCUCUGGUCUAAAGUAGUGCACUAUGUAGGGAAUAGGGUGCCAGGCCUGGUCUAAAGUAGUGCACUAUGUAGGGAAUAGGAUGCCAGCCCUGGUCUAAAGUAGUGCACUAUGUAGGGAAUAGGAUGCCAUUUGGGAUGUAGAAUCACCUGUGUAGAACCUAUGCAACACUUGACUUAGAAAGUAGUCUAAGACAUGGGACAGCCAGGGGCAGGGCUUACCAUGUCUACCAUGUAUUUGAUGAAUAAAUAUCUCAUCACCAUC